AUGACAGGUGUUUCUCAGGCGCCCAUCUCAGGUGUCUCUCAGGCGCGCCUCUCAGGUGCCCAUCCCAGGUGUCUCUCCGGUAUCUCUCAGGGCUAUGUGGGCAACAAGGCGGCCGUGUUCCCCCUGCAGCUGCUGGGCUUCGAUGUGGAUCCCAUUAACUCCGUGCAGCUCUCCAACCACACUGGGUACCCCACGUGGAAGGGGCAGAUUCUGGACGGGGAGCAGCUGUGGGCGCUGAUAGAGGGCCUGGAGGCCAAUGGGCUGCUCUACUACACGCACCUGCUCACUGGCUACAUUGGGUCGCUCUCCUUCCUGGAAACUGUCCUGCGGGUGGUGGAGAAACUCAGAUCAGUCAACCCCAACCUAAUAUAUGUGUGUGACCCAGUGAUGGGGGAUGAUGGCCGUCUCUACAUUCGCCCUGAGCUCGUCCCAAUCUACCGCUACCAGGUGGUGCCAGUGGCAACUCUCAUCACGCCAAACCAAUUCGAAGCAGAGCAGCUCACAGGCCUCAGCAUACGAACUCAAUCAGACGCCGUCACAGCAUGUGACAUGCUGCACGCUGCUGGGCCCAGGAAGGUGGUGAUCACGAGCAUGGAGGUGGACGGGCAGCUGCUGGUGGUGGGCAGUGACGCCAGCAGCCCUGCUGCAAAGCAGGAGGGGUCCGGAUCAUCUGGAUCACAUUCCUUGCGGCGCUUCUGCAUAGCAGUGCCCAAGAUACCCGAGUACUUCACUGGAACAGGAGAUUUGAUGACUGCAUUGCUGCUUGGAUGGUCACAUAAGUAUCCGCACGACUUGGCUAGAGCAGCAGAGCUGGCAGUGGCAUCCCUACAGGCUGUGCUCGCACGAACCUUGCAGCACCGCUCUCCACCUCUGGACGGCACCGAGUCCUCUCCCACUCCCCCCAUUCCCAAGCGCCUGGAGCUCUGCCUCGUUCAGAGCCGCGAUGACAUUAUAAACCCGCCUGUUGUGUUACUCCCUCCCCGCGCUGCGCGCGCUCUCCGUCCACAGCGCGUGACGCGGGCCGUACUUGUCUCCCGCCGAGUAGCCAUGGAGGACGCAGAGGCGCGCCGCUCUCGCCUGCGCGGCAUGCGCGAAUCCGCGGUGAAGCAGCAGGCGUCCCUCGGCGCGCCCACGCCUUCCGCCGCCGUCUCCGCGCGCUCCCCUCCCCCGACUUCUCCCCCGCCGUUCAUCCGCACGCAUCCGCGCCUGCGCCAUCCGGGGAUGGCGGACCUGGGGGAGGUAGAUCUGCUAGACGGCCAGCAGGGGCAACAACAGCAGGCUCGGGGGGAUCCGAUAGAGGAGGUGGAGCUAUCCGGUGGGCUCAGUGUGCUGGGCCUGAGGGUGCCUUUGAAUAGGGUGCUGAUGGGUGCUGGUAGGAAGAGUGCUGGUAGGGUGAGUGCUGAAAGGGUGGGUGCUGAAAGGGUGGGUGCUGAUAGGGUGGGUGCUGAAAGGGUGGGUGCUGAUAGGGUGGGUGCUGAAAGGGUGGGUGCUGAUAGGGUGGGUGCUGAUAGGGUGGGUGCUGAUAGGGUGGGUGCUGAUAGGGUGGGUGCUGAUAGGGUGGGUGCUGAUAGGGUGGGUGCUGAUAGGGUGGGUGCUGAUAGGGUGGGUGCUGAUAGGGUGGGUGCUGAUAGGGUGGGUGCUGAUAGGGUGGGUGCUGAUGAGGUUUUCCCGCACUUGCUGCAAUUUCCCAUUUGA